AUGGCACCAGAUGGCAAUAGCUUCAUGAAGAUCUGCAUGCAGGUCGCAAUCAAAGAGAUGGAUGGAUCGGGUCCGGAACCCAAAAGACAGCGUCUAGAUUACCAUAAACCGCAAUCCCACGGUCAUGCCACUACUCUACCACCACCUCCUCACACGUAUCAACCGCCACAGCAACCGCCUCCCCCUCCGUCACCUUACGAUGUUGGCCCGCACGAUAAUAGAAAUCUACCAGACCCCGGCGGUCCCAAUCCCCAUGCCUACGUGCAAGAACAUUCCGGCACGAGCACUCCACGAGACCAGCGAUUUCCGCCUGACCCAGGCUACUCUCACCGAGGUAGCGCUUCGGUCGUCCCUCGGUCCCCAGAUGGCCACCAUCAAUAUCCACCGGGACGAACUUUGAGUAUCGUUGAGGGCCCGCACUAUCCAUCUCAGUAUCCUGUUGAACCUAGCGGGUAUCCGCCACACGAACCACCGCCGAACGGUAAUGUCCACCACGGCGGUCUGCCAAUGCACCCUUAUGAGCAAGCCCAUGGGUAUCCUCCACCACACCACAUUGAAUUUUCCCAGUCGCCGGUCACUGCUGGUCCUCCAUAUGGAGCCGGAAACUAUGUAGGUCACUUCGGUCAAGCAGGCGCAAGGCCUCUGAAGAAAGGAAAUAGGGCAACGCAGGCAUGUGAUGUCUGUCGAACGAGGAAAGCAAAAUGCGAUGAAGGUAGACCCGAAUGCGGCUUUUGCGUGGAGAAUAACAUGCGAUGCAAUUACCAGAGUGUGGCGCCGGCGAAGGCUGAUCGUGCGAAUCAGCAAAUAAUCGACCAGUUGUCGUCUCACAAAGAGGAGAUGAAAGCCCUCAAAGAAGACUGGGGUGGAAGAUUUGACAAACUCGAGCAGAUGAUCCUGGAUAUGGGCGGUGGACGAAAUUUGACCAUUGAAAGACGUGACACGAAGCCACCACAGCUCAAGUUGGAGAGCCCUCCGGGACCGGCGACUGGCCAAUUACCUGGAGGCGUUGACAAUCUAUCUUCAGAACCCACCGCUAAGGAUACGGCAAUUGUUGACACAAGUCCUGGUGGCUCUUUAACAGAGUCGACAGGCAGUGAUCCUGUUGCAGCACGGACCAACGAAAUCUACAUCGCACACAAUACCGCAGCUCAGAAGUUGUUUCGUUGGCGGUCUAUCAAACAAUUACUGCGACAAUGCAGUAAGAUUGAAUUUUCCGAUCGUGCGGAAGCCUAUGUUAUGGAGUUUGAGAUCAACAAGGGCGUAAUGAGGAUCUAUGGCAAAGGCCGUCAGUUGCGAGACUCUCCAUAUGCGUCUCCUACAAGCGUAGCUGCAGCCAGCCCCACUCCCAGCAAUGUCAGCGGUCCAGGGGACGAGACUUCGACGGCUAGUAGUCCGGCCUCUUCACCACCCGAGAGCUUCUGGGGUACCGCUUUCAUGCCCACUCCCGUGGAGAUUAGACCCACCAGCGAUGUGGGGGGUCUCGGUCCAGAUAACACUUUGAAGCUUGAGACGAGAACGAUAUCCCGGCUUCAUCAAAGUUACCUUGACAAUAUCCAUAUCCUACAUCCUAUCCUGGAUCAGCGUGAGUUGACCCGGAUGGUUGAGCAUUUCAAGCGUCGCCACAACCCACACCCACACGAUACGAAUUCAUCCAAAGUUGGAUUUGUAAUCCCAGUCAACGCCAAUCUCGAUGCUGUACGAGACCCGCAUGCGAUUCUCAACAGAGCGCAGAAGCGAAAGCACUCUGACGGACAGUAUUACGGCGCGUUGGGCGAGUCGAGCCUGGCGCCAAGUCCGAUGAGCCCAAAAAUUGUCUUGGAAAAGUCUCCAGAAACGGCUCUUACACUCCUCGUGAUGGCCUUGGGAAAGAUCUGUGAGUGUAGAUCACCACUUCCAGGACCGGUUCCGGACAACAUGAGAGACCCUAUGAAUCACACAGCGCAUCCUUAUUCGCCUUCCAGAGGUCAAACAGACUCGCCGCCGCCCCCGUAUUCUCAACCGAUGCGACAUUCUCCAUCUGCUUCAUCCCACUCGACUGCCAGUACAUCUGCACCUUCUCCAAUGAGCGCUGGUCGAGUGGCUGGGUCAAGUCCAAGGUCUUCGGUCGGCGAGCUAUCUUCCGGCGCCAGGAACGUCGAUGUGAUACCUGGGCUGGCUUAUUAUGCACAAGCCACGGACAUCUUGGGCAACCUUACUGGCUUCCAGGAAUUGAUCUACGCGCAGUGCUGUCUACUUGCCGGUCUAUACGCAGGUCAACUGGCGAACACCUUGGAGAGUUUGACUUGGAUACAGACGGCUAGUAGAGUAUGUCGUUUUCUUGUCUCAGAUGACAUAUUGGCCGAGCUUGAUGUUCCUCCGAGCGGAAUACAAAGCGUACUGACCCCUCCUGAAUAUCCAAAAUCAAUGGCCGAUCACCCAAUUGCUGUCUACGACGACCCGGGUAAAGCAAAGGUCAUGACAUAUUAUUGUUUCCAGCUCAUGAUGCGGAAGUCGCUCAACGACAUUCAAACAGAGCUUUACAAGGCCCCAAAUUUUGAAAGGGUGACUCGUUCUGCCAGCCUGAUCAACGCUUUCAAUACCAACAUAUGGGAGUGGAGAAAGAUGCUCCCUCAAGAUCUGCAAUGGGAAGACACCGAACCCCCAGCCCGGUACAUCAAUGACGCUCGUUUACGUGGAAAGUUCUAUGGCGCCCAGUAUAUCAUCCAUCGACCUUUCCUACACGCUGCACUUGACUUUGACUUUACUGCUUCCGACGUUCAGUCCCCAAACCACGAAAAUGUUGAAGUUUCUCAAAACGCACUCCAUCAGCCCGUCCUGAGUCCUGACACCCAAGCGGGCACCAUGGGACCACCAAAGCCCGUCUCUGAUCCGGGAUACCACCGUCGCACCGAAACCAUCAGUUUCGCGGUCAAAUGUAUACGAGCCGCCGAAGAAAGUACUGUAGCUUUCGACGGGAUCCUCGACCAUAGGAGAUUGGUAGUCACGAACAUAAUGGGUACUGCCCACGCCCAAUUUGGAAAUUUGCUCGUACUCUCAGCAGCAUACAAAUCCAAGACAUUGGGUCAGUACGUGGAGCGUGGAAAGCUAAGCCAUCUCUUUGAUCGGACGAUCAAGAUGCUGAGUGACCUCGCCCCUAUAUCACAAACGCUGGCGAGAGACUCUUUUAUACUACAUUGGUUGCGGAAAGUGGUGUUUGAAGGCGCUGAUACCUUGUCGACCUCCUUUUCAUCCGAAUGA